AAUUGAUCGUGACCGUUGGCGGUAGAAGUAGACUUUAGUUCCCUCGUGUGUUCCGACUUAUUCGUAAUCAUCAGCGAUAUGGUGUGUCUCAUUAUUUGUGGAUCAAAAGAGAUUAAGAAUUUUAUUCAAUAAUUCUAAGUUUUUAUUUCGUGUGAUUGAUUCCUGUGAACUUUGUGAAUACUUAAUAUUGUUUAUUUUUUUAAACCUAUAAAUAUACAUAUGAAUAUUAAAUUAUUUUACAUGCGUGAAUAAUUAUUUGUUAAAAUUGUCAUAAGGACAUUUUUCGAAAAAAAAGAAAGAGAAUAUACAAAGUGAUACCUGAACAAUAAAAUUGAUAGUUUUUAAAAAGCACCUGAUAUUCUACAUAUAGUAGGUUUUUGAUUAACUAUACAAAAUAAUAAAAUAAAACUCGCUUAAUAAACACAAAGAAGAAAAACUCAUAUUUUAUAUAGAUUUAAAGAAAUUUUAUACCUACCUGACUGAGAUUGAGACUUAUCAAGUAACUUAACUUAUAAGAGAAAUAAGUUUUAAAAUAGAAAUAAAAAAAAAAACAUUAGAAAUAUUAGAAAAUGACUCGGAAAAGUAUUGAAAUUCAACAACCCCCAUCGAACAAAACCAACAGUGUCCUACCAGCUCAAAAUGAUUUCUACAGGAAAUGCGAUGAUGAUUCUCCUGGACGAAGUUCAACGAAUAAAGACCUAAAUGAGCAAAAAGAUGAUAACAUUUCAUAUUUUUCAUUGUUUCGAUAUUCAACAAUUGGUGAAAGAUUUUUUAUUGUUUUGGGUGUUAUUUUGGCAUCACUUGGAUCUGUUGGAAUACCAUAUUCUGUUGUGAUUUAUGGUGAAUUCACAUCGUUGUUAAUUGACAGAACUACAGGUCUUGGAACAUCAUCACCCACUUUUAUAUUGAACAUAUUCGGAGGCGGUAAAGUAUUAACAAAUGCAACAAGAGAAGAAAAUAUUCAAGCAAUGAAAGAUGAUUCCUUGGCAUUUGGUAUUGGAAGUCUUGUAGGAGGAGUAGCUGAGUGGAUUUUACUUGCGAUUGCUGUGGAUAUUAUGAAUGCAGUUGCUCUAAAACAGAUCCGUCGUAUUAGGACCCUUUUCUUGGAAUCAAUUCUACGUCAAGAUAUGUCGUGGUAUGACACGUCAUCUGGCAACAACUUCUCCAGCAAAAUGACAGAAGAUCUUGAAAAACUGAAAGAAGGAAUCGCUGAAAAAGUGGCCAUAUUUGCUUUUCUCAUUAUGACUUUCAUAACCUCGAUAGCUGCCUCAUUUUUGUACGGAUGGAAGUUAACUCUGGUUGUCAUCACUUGCUGUCCCUUUAUCAUUAUAUCAACUGCUCUGGUGGCAAAGAUUCAAAGUAGCCUCACCGAAAAGGAACUUAAAGCUUAUUCGGUAGCUGGAGCAGUUGCCGAAGAAGUCUUUAGUGGAAUUCGUACGGUUUUGGCAUUCAGUGGAGAACGUAAGGAAUCGGUUCGUUAUAAUGCCCUCCUUCAACCAGCCGAGAAUACCGGAAGAAGGAAGGGUCUCUAUUCGGGUCUUGGAGCUGGAGUUUCAUGGUUCAUCAUCUACUGUAGUUAUGCCAUUGCCAUGUGGUAUGGUGUUCAGUUGAUUAUCGAAGAUCGUGAUAAGGAAGUUCGAGGCUAUACUCCGGCGGUUUUGAUCAUUGUCCUGUUUGGUGUAAUUAUGGGCGCCCAAAAUCUGGGACUGUCAUCACCACAUUUGGAGGCAUUUGCGGUUGCCAAGGGAGCAGCUAAGUCGAUUUUCAAAACCAUCGAUCGCAAGACUGAAAUCGAUCCCAUGGGCGAGGAAGGUCUUCGACCGGAAACGGUUAGUGGUGACAUUGAAUUUGAAAACCUUCACUUCAGAUACCCUUCACGGCAAGAUGUAAAAGUCUUGAACGGGUUAAGCGUGUCGAUAAAAACCGGUCAGACGGUGGCAUUUGUCGGCCCCUCAGGAUGUGGAAAGUCUACUAGUUUGCAAUUGCUCCAAAGAAUGUACGAUCCCGAGAGCGGUGUUGUUCGGUUUGAUGGCCGCAAUAUCAAGGAUUUGAAUGUAGCUUGGUUGAGAUCACAGAUUGGAGUUGUCGGACAGGAACCAGUUCUAUUUGCGACCACCAUCGAAGAGAAUAUCCGAUUUGGAAAGCCCUCAGUGACACAAGAAGAAAUCGAAAAUGCUUGCAAAAUGGCCAACUGUCAUAACUUCAUAACUCAGUUGCCAGAGGGCUACAAGACGAUGGUCGGAGAAAAGGGAUCCCAGAUGUCGGGAGGACAAAAACAGCGGAUUGCCAUUGCCAGAGCCCUGGUUAGGAACCCAAAGAUUCUGCUGCUUGAUGAAGCCACUUCAGCAUUGGACCCCACUUCAGAGAGGCGUGUACAGGAUGCUCUUGAAGUUGCCAGUCAGGGAAGGACAACCCUUGUGGUUUCACAUCGUCUUUCGACUGUCACAAAUGCUGAUAAGAUUGUUUUCGUUCGAGACGGAACUGUUAUGGAACAAGGCACCCACGAAGAGCUUAUGGCUAAGAAAGGACUCUACUACGGCCUGGUUAACGCCACCAAACGUAAUGAAGAGGUCAUACAGGAUCAAGGCCCAAGGCUAACUAAGAUGGCGUCAUUUAAAAAGAAGUCCGAUGGAAGUGUCAUCGAUGAAGACAGCGAAAGCGAAGACGAAGAUUCCCCUCAAAAGAAGGAGAAGAAAGAGAAAUACAAGGUGUCCUUUAGUAAACUGAUGAAACUCAAUGCUCCCGAAAAGUGGUUCAUAAUCUCAGGAUGUAUUGCGGCGGCUUUGCAUGGUUGUACCUUUACCGUUUGGGCUGUGUAUUUUGGUGACUUUUUCGGGAUUAUGUCAGACCCAGACGACGCUUAUGUUCAGGCUCAAGCAAAUAUGUUUGCCGUUUUCUUCCUCGGCAUUGGUUUGGUUGCUGGCUUGGGUACACUGACCCAGACUUAUAUGUUCAAUGUAGCUGGUGUAAAGUUGACAACUAGAUUGCGAAAGAUGGCGUUCAAGGCGAUUGUGUCCCAAGAGAUUGGAUACUUCGACGAUACUAGGAAUUCGGUUGGUGCUUUGUGUUCGCGUCUGGCAGGAGAUUGUUCCAAUGUUCAAGGGGCCACCGGUUCUCGAAUUGGUAUUAUGGUGCAAUCAGUUUCUACACUUCUCCUCGGUAUAAUAAUGUCAUUCAUCUAUUCGUGGAAUUUGACACUAGUGACAUUGGUGACAGUUCCGUUUGUGAUCGGAUCGAUCAUGAUUGAAGGCCGCUACAUGGAAGCAAGCUCACAAGUUGAACGACAAGCUGUUGAAAACGCAUCCCAAGUUGCUGUGGAGGCUAUUGCCAAUAUUCGAACGAUCAACAGUCUUGGCCAAGAGAAACAUGUCCUGGAACGAUAUGUCGUUCAGACCGAUCAUGCUGAUAAGGCUUCAAAGAAGAAGAUAAGAUUCCGUGGCACAGUCUAUGGUCUGGGACAAGCUUCUCCCUUCAUCGCAUAUGGAGUGUCAUUGUACUACGGAGGAAUGCUUGUUGCAAAUGAUAAAAUUCAAUAUGAAAAUAUUAUUAAAGUAUCUGAAGCUUUACUUUUUGGUUCUUGGAUGUUGGGACAGGCUUUGGCCUAUGCUCCAAAUGUUGGUGCAGCUAUGACAUCUGCCGGUAGAUUGCUGAGACUUUUUGACAGAGUUCCAGCCAUACACAAUCCUGCCGGACAACCAUUUAACACUGUCAAUAAGACCGAUGGGGAUAUUAGUUACAAGAAAGUCGAGUUUUACUAUCCCACUCGCAAGGAAACCCCAGUUCUUCAAGGCCUCGACCUGACAAUCAAAAAAGGAACCACAGUCGCCCUCGUGGGUCCCUCGGGAUGCGGAAAAUCAACCUGCAUCCAACUUCUUCUCCGCUACUACGACCCAAUUUCCGGGACAGUUAAUCUCAGUGAUACCCCAACUACUGAAUUCCCCCUAGACACCCUACGCUCACAAUUGGGUCUUGUGUCCCAGGAACCAGUGCUCUUCGAUCGAACGAUAGCCGAAAAUAUUGCUUAUGGUAAUAACUUCCGCGAAAACAUACCAAUGAGUGAGAUCAUUGAAUCGGCCAAGAAGUCCAACAUCCACGACUUCAUUGUGGGUCUGCCGCAGGGCUAUGAGACUUCACUCGGUUCUAAAGGAGCUCAGUUGUCCGGGGGACAGAAGCAGCGUAUAGCCAUAGCAAGGGCGUUAGUUAGGGAUCCAAAGAUUUUAAUUCUAGAUGAGGCAACUUCAGCCUUGGAUAUGCACAGUGAAAAGGUAGUUCAAGCCGCUCUGGAUGCUGCCCGAAGUGGGCGAACGUGUAUCACAAUAGCUCAUCGUCUAACGACGAUACGAGACGCAGAUAUGAUUUGCGUUUUGCAGAAGGGCGUUGUUGUGGAAAAGGGCACGCAUGAAGAGCUCAUGAGAUUAAAUGGUAUUUACGCUGAGCUCUAUACGAUGCAGUUAGUUACGUAAGAUCGAAAAUAUAAUGUGUACAUAUUUCUAGUGAUAAUAAAUUUUGAUUUUUGUAUAAGAGAA